AUGGUAGUUAAUACCACUAACAAAAAAUCUACAACUAGUGAUGAUAAACGGCACAGUCAAGAAAAGCCAGUGAAUACUACAAGACAUAAAUCUAAUAAAUAUUCAUCACUUCAAGAUGCUGUUGAAAAGUUAGACUUGAAUCAUUUAAGUGAAGAGGAACGUAAUAAAGUUUUGGAUGUGAUCAAAAAGGAUUUUGAAGUACGCGCCAAGGAACAAGAACGAUUGAAUCGAUUCCGUUGCAGUAUCAUACGCAGAGAUAAAGAAUUAGCCGCUAAAAGUAUAUCAAUGGCUGUUGAAAGUACAUCAUGUAUAAUUUGUGGACGUCCAUUUAUGGCUUUGAUUAAUCCUAAACGUAUAUGUGGUAAUUGUAGAAGAACUAUCUGUCGUAAUUGCUCUGAUACUGUGCCUAAAUACAAUGAUUUCUUUUGUACAAUGUGCCUUAAAGAAACAGGUUAUCGUGCUAUGACAUGUACUUGGUUCUACGACACAGUGAUACAAAGAUUUCGAGAAUUUGGGAGUACAACAGUAGCAAAAAGUUUAUUCGGAUCAAAGUAUAAACAGGUUCAAAACAUGGCUGAAGACGAAUUGUGGAAUCUUCUACUUCGACGACCAUCAUCGAAAAGGACUUCUUUAGAGCCAAGUGGAGUCUGCACACCGGAUCAAGCUAAAGAAGCACAAAUCAAUAAAUUAAGAAGUCGACUAGAGAAAUUAAUGGAAGAAACAAGAUGUGAACUAAUGGCAAUUGAUCAGAAUAUUGCUUUAUCCCCGAGACAAAUCAACUGGCAGUAUGAAAGUGUAUGCCAAAAAUUCAAAAAGAAUGCUUGCAAAGAAAUGAAGAAUUUCAUCCAAAUACUUUAUAUAACAACAGAAAAACAACGAAUGAGCCAAGGUAUGAAUACAAAACACAUCACCUCGUAUGUGAUGGAUGUUUUAGAAGGUGAAAUAAGUCGAAUAGUCGGAUACAGUGUUAAGGGUCUUACAGACACAACUAGUUGGGUUGGUGAAGACGAUAAAGAAUCGAUAUCGAUGGUUGAUUCAGAAAAGGUUGAAGAACGCUUAGCUGAUGUCCUCCUCAAUAAGAUAUUUCCAAUCACACCAUCUUCUGUAGUGGGAAAUAAAUUUUUCCCAUCUGAAGUGAAUAACAUCCCAUAUACUACUCCUACCGCUAAUAAUACUAUUACAACAACGACAACAACAAUUGCUACUACUGCUGCGACUGCGGUUGCGGCUGCUUCUAAUAUGAAUGAUGGAAAAUUUGAUGAUUUUGUCAACACUUCAUCAAACAAUAAAAAAGAAGAACUCAGUGUCACAGAAGGCUUCCCAAUUCGAAUGGAGUAUUAUUUACCCUAUGAAGAGAAAUGCGAAUUUCGUUGGUACAAACUGACUCAUGAGAAUCAACGUAUCCCAGUCAAGUUGGAUUUUCGCACGGAGCAUGUUAUUACAGCAGCGACUAGCAAAUCUAUACGCCAGUAUCCAUUUGUCCUGUCAAAUUCUGGUUUUAUCACUAGUGAAACAAAACAAAAGUUGAAUCAACUUAACAGAGAAAUAUCAGAAACUAUGAUAAAUAAAAAUGAUGCUGAUAGGAGCAAGGCGAAAAAUAUGAUCCAACUGCAACAUCAUCUGAUUAUCUGGGCUAGUAAGCUUGAUGAUGCUGGACAUUAUUAUGCUGCAGUACAAUAUCCAUUGGAUAAGAAUGGAACAUCAGCAAUUCAAGAGAAAGAUUAUCUCCUACAAGUUCUAAAACCCAAUCUAUCACCUCCUGAAGCUCAAUCGAAACCAGCCUUUGUUGAACCUCUCACUGUACAACCAAUCAAUUGCGGCAAUAAUGAUCCAUACAUUGAAAUGACCUGUGUAGUAACAGGGAAUCCUUCACCAAGAUGUCUAUUUUACAGAAAUUCAGUUCCUAUCCCUAUAGUAAUGAUGCCAUUGAAUAAAAUUAAUCAAGAAGAAGAAGCAAUAUCUGCGAUGAGUUCUUUUUCACAGAAGUACACAGUGACAUCAUCCUUGUGUAGGCCAUCAAAUGAAACAAAUCGACCAGGUGGUUGUGUACGCAAAAUCACUUUACGCAUAAAUCGACCAUCAAGUUCAGAAGAUAUAGCCACUUACAGUUGUCGUGCAUGGAAUUGUCAUGGACGAACUACGACAACUACUGACCUGUCUGUAGAAGAUCAUUUCUCCAAAUUCGAUUGUCCUCCUGGUAAGGCAACUCUUUUUGAAAGACUUAAUAUGGCCAAUAUUGAAUCAGCUAACUUGGCAGCAAAUAUUUCACAGACUGCUCGUGAGCAUGGUGAUUUUCUGACACAAAAAGAAGGUGCUCCUCGUACUACUCCACGAAGUCAACUGCAUGAUCGUACCCCUGAAUCUGCAAAAAGAAGUGAACAGAAUAAUUUGAGCGCAACGAAUGAAACUUCAAUUCGAAAUAAAUCCUUAGAAAACAUGAAAACUUUGGAUACGGCAAAAACGAUAAAUCAUAUUCAAGGUAAGGUGAAUGAAGCCUAUUCAGCAACAUCAUCAUCGCCGCUACCGCCACUGCCACCUCCACAACAACGACAACAGCAACAACAACAACUAUCACAACCACCACAGACAACAUCUAAACGAAACGUUCCAGAAAUCAUAAGAGAAUAUGAUCGUAAACAUGUAUCAGAUGCUAUUGAUAAUCACCAAUCUAUCCACUUCCCUAAAGCAGUGAAAAAUGACUCUCUACCACCACCAGCACCCCAACCACUUCCAUCUCCAUCAGCACUCUCACCAUCGUCAUCUCCAUCACCAAGAAGAACUAUCACAAUUACAAGAGAAGAGAAAUCAAGUCGACCACAGCAACAGCAACAACACCAACCACAACAUCAACCUAGCCAGUUAACUACACACUUAGAAGAUACCGAUGAACGGUCGAUAUCAAGUUCUGUCAGCAUAAAUGAUGCUCAAUUCAAGAGACGAACAUCAGGAAAAUCAACUGGACCAAAUAUUUUAAUUGAUCGUCGAUCGAAUCGAAUGAAUCGUCGAAAUAGUUCAUCAUCAAACAUCACUGAUAGUUAGUCAACUAACUAACUGACUAACUAAUUCAUGUAAUUCAUGAAACCGGCUAUCAAUUGCCUGUUUACCCUAUGAAUUAUGUAUAAUCAAUGCAUUCAGGAUAGAAAAUUAAUGUUGCCUCUUCAACUGCUGCAUAUUUUUUUAAUCUUUCUUUUUUUUAAAGUGACACUCACAAUUUUCGAUUUAACGUGAUUGAUGUUCACUCUGCUUUAUCCAUUCUCUUUCUUCUUCAUUAUCG